AUGGAGAAUAAUAAGCAAUGCAAUAGAAACACGAAAAGCGCCCAGCUACCAUUUGCUGCAACUUUAAAAUUCUGGUCGCGGCCUACGCAGAUAGUUGUCAUUCUGCGUAUUGUCAGGUUGAGCAGAACUGGCCGCGCUACGACAUCUGGGUCAUCACUAAAGCUUCGUUCUUUGCCCAUUCGGUUUCUGUACGAGUGUCUACGUUUUGAUAAGGUGCCUGUAUAUUAG